GGUAAGAGGCAGGGGGACUCAAUUUGUUUUGAUCCAACAAACAUUUAUGAAAAGUCUGCUAUGUGUCAGGCAUGGGGAUACAAAGCCAAGAAUAAAAAUAGUCCCUGCCCUCAAGGAGCUUACAUUCUACUGAGAGGGUACCACACAUAAAGAGAGGAGUAAAUCUAGGAUAACUCGGAGAGGGUGAGAGCUCUAAUAAUUAUAAUAGCCAACAUUUUUAUAGCACUCUUAAAGUUCUUAAAGCAUUUUAUUUCAUUUGCUACGAUAAGAGCAGUUUAGGGAUAUCUGUCAGGAUACAUGAGCGGGACUUUUAAAGAAACAAGGAAUUCCAAGAGGAGAAGAUGAGGAGGGAGCAAAUUUCAGUUUUAAGGAACAACUUCUAUAAAAACAGAAGGAGGAGGUGAAAUACCCAGUCAGUUCUGGACAAAACAAGUGGGGCAAUUUGUGGUCACACAGCUAGGAAAUGUCUGAGGCCAGAUUUGAAACCAGGACCCCCGUCUCCAGGGUCGGCUCUCCAUCCUGCCCCUAGCUGCUGCCCCAAACUCUUUAUUUAUGUUUUACCAAGCAUCUGACCUCUCAGUGCCUCCCCAGAGUAGGUACAGUAAGCAGAUUCCGACUCAAACCUCCUGGGUCCCAGGCUAGCCCUCAAUAUGUCACGGGGUCCUCCUAGGCAGUGUGAGUGUUGCCCAGGUACCAGGUGUGGGACCUGCCUUCAAGAGGUUUACAGUUUAGCUAUGGAGCUAAGGAGGUCUAUGAGUACCAUCCACAGUAAGUGAUGGAAGAAUCCAGAGGAGAGGAAGGUCAGCGAAGGCUGGGAAAACCUUGCAGGCACACGUGACCCCUUGACUUGAGCCUUCAAGGAUGGGUUGGAUAGAGAGACCAAGGAGCAAAGGCCGGAGCUCCUCGUUGACCCUUCUCGUAGGCCCUCCUAACUGCCCCCCUUGCCCAAGCCUUUCCACUCACUGCCUUCCCCUUGCCCUGACUCCCCCCUUGCAGCAUGGUCUCAGACGGCACCGUGGCCUUCUUCAUCAGCAUCAUUCUGUUUAUCGUACCCUCAGAGCUCCCCGACUUCUCCCAGCAGCAGGGCUCCCAGAAGUUCAAGGCCCCGCCUGCCCUCCUCGACUGGAAUACUGUGAACAAGAAAAUGCCCUGGAAUAUCGUCUUCCUGCUGGGCGGAGGCUUUGCCCUGGCCAAGGGCAGUGAGGCAUCGGGCCUGUCCCAGUGGCUGGGAAACAAGCUGACGCCGCUGCAGUCAAUCCCUUCUCCAGCCAUUGCCUUCAUCCUUUGCCUCCUUGUGGCUACCUUCACUGAAUGCACCAGUAAUGUGGCCACCACCACCCUCUUCCUGCCCAUCCUUGCUUCCAUGGCCCAGGCUAUCUGCCUCAACCCACUCUAUGUGAUGCUCCCCUGCACCCUGUCAGCCUCGCUAGCCUUCAUGCUCCCCGUGGCCACCCCACCUAAUGCCAUCGUCUUCUCCUAUGGGCAACUCAAAGUGAUUGACAUG